AUCUAAAUUGACACCUCUUAGGAAAAAAUCGCUGAUGAAGCAAGCAGCUAACAAUGGCUCACUCAAAGGCUCUCUUAGUGCUGGAAAACUUUAUAGCUGGCAAAUUUGUUCCUUGUUCCUCCUACAUAGACUCCUAUAAUCCAUCCACGGGAGAUGUCUAUUGCAGGGUGCCAGACAGUGGCAAGGAAGAGGUGGAAGCUGCUGUCAGAGCUGCCAAAGAUGCCUUCCCAGUUUGGUCCUCAAAAAGUCCAUUGGAAAGAUCUCAGAUCAUGAACAAAUUGGCAGACCUGAUUGAACAUGACCUGGAAGAAUUUGCCCAAGCAGAGUCAAAGGACCAGGGAAAAACUAUUAUGUUUGCUAGAACGGUGGACAUCCCCCGGGCCGUGUACAACCUCCGGUUCUUUGCCUCAUCUAUCCUCCAUCACACCACAGAGUGCACCGAGAUGGCAAGCCUGGGCUGCGUGCAUUACACCUCACGGGAGCCAGUGGGAGUUGCUGGUUUAAUCAGCCCUUGGAAUUUGCCACUGUAUUUGUUGACCUGGAAAAUAGCUCCUGCCAUUGCAUGUGGAAAUACUGUAGUUGCCAAACCAAGUGAGAUGACAUCUGUUACAGCUUGGAUGAUGUGCAAACUCUUGGAGAAAGCAGGGAUGCCCCACGGGGUAGUGAACGUGGUGUUUGGAACGGGCGCCAAGGCGGGAGAAGCCCUCGUCUGCCAUCCCGACAUCCCCCUCAUCUCCUUCACGGGAAGCACACUCACAGCCCAGCGGAUCACGGAGAAGAGCGCCCCACACUGCAAAAAGCUUUCUCUGGAGCUGGGAGGCAAAAACCCUGCAAUUGUCUUUGAUGAUGCCGACUUGAGCCAAUGCAUCCCCACAACCCUGCGGUCCAGCUUCGCCAACCAGGGUGAGAUCUGUCUCUGCACCUCCAGGAUCUUUGUUCAGAGGGGUAUAUACAGUGAGUUUGUGAAGAGGUUUGUAGCAGAGGCCAAGAAGUGGAAGGUUGGGAGCCCCUCAGAUCCUACAGUCGACAUGGGAGCACUAAUAAGUAAAGAGCAUCUAGAAAAGGUAAGGAGCUAUGUGAAGAAAGCUCAGGCCGAAGGGGCUAGAAUCCUCUGUGGAGAGGGAGUGGAUUCCUUGGAUCUCCCAGCAGGCAACCAGAAAGGCUAUUUCAUGUUGCCCACCAUUAUUACAGAAGUCAAGGAUGAAUCUUGUUGCAUGCAAGAAGAGAUCUUUGGUCCUGUGACAUGUGUGGUAGCAUUUGAUACAGAAGAGGAAGUGGUUGAAAGAGCCAAUGGUGUGAAAUAUGGCCUUGCAGCUACUGUGUGGUCCAGCAAUGUAGGACGUGUUCAUCGGGUGGCACGAAGGCUACAGUCCGGAUUGGUGUGGACCAACUGCUGGCUUGUUAGAGACCUGAACUUGCCGUUUGGUGGGAUGAAAGCCUCAGGUAUAGGAAGGGAGGGAGCAAAAGAUUCCUAUGAAUUCUUCACUGAGGUCAAAACCAUCACAAUAAAGCACUGAUGUAUGUCAAUGGAAGAAUUUUAAGGUAAAAUACAUGACAGUAAUUAGUGUUACCUUAAAUGGUUUUCUGGAAUACAGACUGCUGUUGUGGCCAUCUUUUUCUUGAAAUUUGUUCAAGAAACAUCAAUGACAGCUGAAAAUAACCACCCCAAAUGGUAAUGUUGAACGUGGUCUUUCAUGAUAGGUGAGAUGAUUGGUGUGGACUCCACAAUCAACCCAUCCUAAAACAGAUUGCUUGGUUAUCUUACUGAACUUAAAGUAAGAUUUUUUUUUUUUUUUAGAGUAACCAUGUCUCAGAAAUCUUUCCCUCUAAGGCAGACUGAAGAAAAAUGAUCUGUAACUGUACCUGUGUCUGGUGAAUUACAUUGAGGGACAAAGAGACAAGUACAUUGUGAGGUUGCUAUUGUAAUGAGAAUGAGCCCAUUUCCACUAUAAAUAGUACAUUCCACGUACCAAUCCAUUUUACACUUCACUGAUGUCAGACAAGGAUUAAUGCUAUAGCACACUGAAUGCCUGAGGCAGUACCUUUAAUCUAUUAAGUGGUAUGAAAUCAUGGGGUCAUGAUAUUCUCAUGAUAUACAGAGGCAAUAAACUUUUUAAUUAUAACCUGUUUUACAUUACAUUGUUGAAGCAUCAUAAUACUUGUUCUCUAACUGUUCUGAAAUUACAGCUUUUUGUCAGUUCUCGGUCUCAGUGGUGAUGUUUUUCACAUCCCUGAACACUGAUUCGUCUAGAACGGACAGCGUAAUUCUUCAUUAGUAGAGGCUGGAAGUGACUUCUGUGAACCAGCUGUUGGAAAUAUUUGUCACAAAUACAUAAAACCACUGGAAAAUUUCCC